UCGGCGGAUUCACAACACAAACACACGCACGCACAACUUAAAGGCUCAACAACAAGUGCGUGUGUUUGAUACUGUGUGUGAGUGUGUGUGUGUGUGUGCGCGCGCACGUGUUACUUUGUGUGAGUGCGCGCGCGCUCGAGGAGCGCAAAGAAGAAAAUGACUUCGAACAAGAGCUUGCGCAUGGAUGACUUCCUCGCGGGAUGGGUCGGAGGGGCAUCCAGUGUGGUGGUGGGACAUCCACUGGACACUGUCAAGACGCGACUCCAGGCGGGCAAAGGCUACAAGAACAUGACGGACUGCGUUGUCACCAUCUACAGGAAGGAGACGGCGGCGGGCUUCUUCAAAGGCCUGUCGUUCCCGCUGGCCACCGUCACGGCGUACAACUCGCUGGUGUUCGGCUUCUUCAACAACGCCCGGCGCUUGAUCUGCGAGCGGCGCUACGGCGACGAGCGGCGCCCGGCCGGCCUGGCGGACGUGACGGCGGCCAGCAUGCUGACCGGCUUGGCGUCGGUGAGCCUGGGCGCCCCCGUCGACCUGGUGAAGAUCCGGCUGCAGAUGCAGACGCACGCGGCCGUGCUGGCGGACAGUUUCCAGCUGGCGGGCAGCGCGUCCCACAAGAUGGCGGCGGCGGCGGCCCCGGCGGGCACGCGCUCGCUGCACGUGUCCAACGGCGGCGGCGAGCUGUACCGCGGGCCGCUGCAUUGCGUGAGCAGCAUCGUGCGGCGCGAGGGCCUCCCGGGCCUGUACCGCGGGGGCGGCGCCAUGCUGCUCAGGGACGUGCCCGGCUACGCCCUCUACUUCGUGCCCUACGCCGUCUUCUGCGACCUCCUCAAAGCCGACGCCACCUCCGAGCCUCACCCCUGCUCCAUUUGGCUGGCCGGCGGACUCGCAGGUUCCAUUUCCUGGGUGACGGCCACGCCCGCCGACGUGGUGAAGAGCCGCCUGCAGGCCGACGCCCACCUGCACAGGAAGUACAACGGCGUCCUUCACUGCAUCCUGCAGAGCUACAAGACGGAAGGAGCACAGGUGUUCUUCCGCGGCGCAUCGGUGAACGCCAUCCGAGGCUUCCCCAUGAGCGCCACCAUGUUCCUGGCCUACGAGCUCUCGCUGCAGUUCUUCCAGAAAUUUUAGGGUCAAGUCGUUACCGUGGCGACAACUCUUAUAGCGUUGUUUUUUGUUGUUGUUUUUUUUGUCAUCAUCACCUCGGAGACGAGAGGUCAACAGCCGCUCGGCCGCGUCAGUUUAGCAUUGUGCUAAAGCGGCUAGGCUAAGCUAACAUAGAUCGCUGUUGAACUUGCAAUUGUUAAAUUAGUUGCACAUUUUUAAAGUCAUAUUUUGUUUUCAAUUACUUUAAACAAUAAGCGGCAAUUUUUGUCAGGUUACACGCGCACAAAAGCUACAACAAGAAGUCUUUGAUUUGGACAUGAUUUCUCAUAUGAGCUUUUUCAAGCUUUUUUUGUAAGGUAAUGUAAAUAGUUAGUUUCUUAUAUUAAGAAAAAAAUAUUGUAUUGACAUUAAUAUGCGUGAUAUGUUACUACCACAACUGUAUAGCCUCAAUAUAUACAAUAUAAAACAAACAAUAACGUCCUGUAUACCAGUGUUCCCCAACCUCCAACCUAACAAAUGCCUGGCGGCCCGGUACCGGUCCGCGGACCGGUGCUUGGGGUCGUCUGCAGUAUACAAUGAAACAAAGCAGUUACAUUGAAUAAGCAAUAAAAGGUGCAUUCCAAAAGAAAUCCUCGGCACACGUUUGUUUUGUUUGAGAAAUGUCUUCAUUGCCAUGUCAUGCUAUGUUCAUGUGUCAACUGCCAUUCCAGUUUCUCUUUGUAUGGAAAUAAAAUGCGAAUGUUUGACAAAA